AAUGUCAAUUUGAAAAACAAACUAAACAGCUGAGAAAUGUCAACGCAGUCAUCAGUCAUGUUUCUGUUGCUAAAUUUUUCUUAUAAUUUAUUAUUUAUUUGAUUUUAUACCUUUGUUUUCGUUUUAUACUAAAUUGCAGUAAUUAACUUUCUAGAUUAUAUUUACAAAAUGUGGAAGUGCCAUAAAUGCCAGAAACCAGUCUAUUUUGCGGAAAGAAAACAUUCUUUAGGAUACAAUUGGCAUCCUGAAUGCUUACGUUGUGAAGAAUGUGGUAAACGUUUAAACCCUGGCCAACAUGCAGAACACAAGGGUGUGCCGUACUGCCAUGUGCCUUGUUACGGUGCUCUUUUUGGCCCUCAAUUAUUUGGACAUGGAACAAGAGUUGAAUCUCAUAAAAGUUUUGGCUUGCAAAAGGAAUCUCCUAAGUUGGGAAAUAAGCCCAUUUUACCAAGAUCAACAUUGGAAUCAAAAAUUAAAGUGUACAAUCAAUUUUUUGAGGGCAAAAGUGGUGAAAUACGUUGCCGUGAAGUAAAUGGACGGUAUAUAUUAGAAGGCUCACUAAGAAUUCACUGGGGUGUUCAAGGUGUUAUUCAUUUAAAAGAAAACGAUGAUCAAAGAACAGUUGUAACUGUUAGGAAAAGAAAUUCAUAUCGAGUUUCUUCCAGUCCAGAAUAUGACACUGAUGAUGAUAUACAAAACAUAUCUAGAGAUACUAGCUAUAAUGAUGUCUCAACAUGUUCUAGUACUACAACAUUAGACAUUAAUAAAUCAGAUACUGGUAUAGAAAGUGGUUCUGAUUCACUAGAUUCUAGUCUGUCAGAUAAUAGUAUUUCUUCACCAAAAAUUAAUAUGCCUAAAAGUGUCACUUUGCCUUCCAAACUUGAUGUUAAAAAUGUGGAAUGGGAUGAAUUAGAUGAUCUUUUACAAGUGGAAAGAAAAGUUGAUGAAGGUGAAAAACUGUAUCAGACAAUGCCUAUGCCUCUACCAUCACAAAUAAGUAAUGAGAGUGAUACUACUAGCAGUAAAACUAGUUCAUCAGAAAAUUCCAAAAAUGAUACCAGUACUGUAACUAUGACAGAAGACACAAGUACAUUGAAGGCUCCAAUAAUUAAAGACAAUAUUAGUAAUAAUAUGAAUAUAAGUGAAGAUAAGAUACCUCUUUUGACUAAUUCAUUUAGUAAAGACGACACAUGGGUAUUAAAUAGUAAUCACUUAAACAGGUCUAUGUCUGGCCCUGAUUGUUUAGAGAGAUUGCGAGAUUCCCAGUCACCGGAGUUCGAUAGAAUGAGUAUUACGAGUGGUGAUAUUACCAUGUCAGAACAAAAUGAUGGAGUUGUUUUACGUAGGCCGCAAAAAAGUGGAUCAACAGCUAUUAGGAGAAGACCUGGCAAGCGUCUUUCGCGUAGCAAGGUUAAACGAAGAUGUUCUAUAAAUGGUCAUUUCUACGAUCGUGAGACGAGCUUUUUUACACCUCCCCAUGGAAGUCAAAUGAGUGUUUGGAUUACAAGCUUGGUCAAUACCCACGAAGUGAUCAAACUUUUACUUGAAAAAUAUAAAGUCGAAAGUGAUCCAAAUAAUUUUGCCCUGUUCAUAGUCAGAGAUAGUGGAGAACAAAGGCGUUUAAAAGAGGAUGAAUAUCCAUUGUUGGCCAGGGUGCUAUUAGGUCCGCAUGAAGAUGUAGUAAAAUUAUUUUUAAUGGACAGUCACACAACUCCCGAAGUGAGCAGCGAAGUUGCUCAAUUUUUGAAUUUGUCUCUGGUAGAAUGUAGGGCAAUACUCGGCCAGUAUUAUUCUCAGGAAGAAAAAGAGGUUGCUAAAAUUAAAGAAAGAUAUUACGAAAUGAGGAGAAGAAUUGUCAAUAAAUUACAACUACUGUCAGCAGAUUCAUAAAUCUUAUUUUUUAGUAUAAUGAAAUGAGAAGAAGAAUCGUCAAUAUAAUAUGUAUUACAAUUAUUGACAGGUUCAUAACAUAAGAUCUUAUUAAAUUAAGCCUUAAUAAUGACACUAAUUUAAUAAAAAAAAUAAAUUGA